GCACCUGCAGUAUCUGCUCCUGCUGUGAGUGUUCCUCAUUUACCCAGCUCAGAGGCUUUUGCAGCUGUUGCUCAGUUAUUUCAAAGUAGCCAAGGACAGCAGCUUCAGCAGAUUCUUCAGACCUUCCAACACCCUCCGAAGCCACAGUCUCCAGUUAUUGAAGAGAAUAUAUAUUCCCAAGUACAGUCGAUUACUUGUCAAAUGAACACUCAACCCCAGCCGUCUCACCAGUCAGAAAGGAAAAGUACCCUUGAUAAGUUGCUGGACCGAUUUGAUUAUGACGAUGAACCUGAAGCAGCUGAUGAGCCAAAGAAAGAUGUGUCCAGUCCCACUCCACCACCUUUACAACCUCCAUUCCCAUUUCCUGUAGAGACAAACCAGCCUCCUGCAUCAUUCCCACAGAUUCCAGGUCAAAUGCCAAACAUGGACCACUUUCAGAUUAUACAGCCACACAUGAUAGGAAUGCCUCAGGAGUCUCUUCUUAAUCAGGCUCCAGUUCCUGCAAAUGGGCAGAUGCUUGGUUUUGGUAUGAUGCCCCCCCAGACUUUCCCCACUAUGGUUCCACCAUUGUCUCAGGAGCCUCCCCAGGCUUUUAUCCAACCUUCUUUCCCAGUUCAACAAAAUGAUAUACAGACACAAAAAGAUAAUCAGCAGGAGGUAUCCAUGGAAAUAGAGCAACCUUCUAUUCAGGAAUCAAAACGACCUGCAGAACGUCAGAGAUCUGUUUCUAGAUCACCAAAAAAGGCGGCGUUCCCGAUCUAGUUCACGUUCUCGCAGAUCCAGGCACAGACGCUCUCGUUCUAGAUCCCGUGAUAGGCGCCGUCAUUCUCCUAAAUCUCGCUCUCAGGAGAAGCGUGACCGAGAAAAGGAAAGAGAACGCAGAAUUAAAGGUCUUCCUCCUAUCAAAGCUGAUUCAGUUAGUGUUUGCAGUACAACUCUUUGGGUUGGGCAGCUGGACAAAAGAACAACCCAGCAAGAUGUUGGAAACCUUUUAGAAGAAUUUGGACCAAUUGAGUCAAUCAAUAUGAUACCCCCAAGAGGCUGUGCAUACAUUGUCAUGGUUCAUAGAAUGGAUGCAUAUCGUGCUUUACAAAAACUGAGCAGAGGAAAUUACAAAGUAAAUACAAAGGCAAUAAAGAUUGCAUGGGCUUUAAACAAAGGAAUUAAACCAGAGUAUAAGCAGUAUUGGGAUGUGUGGAAAUCGGUGUUACUUACAUACCAUGGAGUAAAGUCAAACCUGAGGAACUAGAGGCAUUGUGUGAAGGAGGGAUGCUGGAUAAUGAUACAAUGUGCCCAGAUUGGAAAAAUAUCAGUAAAAAGACAGAGAUGGCAGACACAUCUCAAAAUGGUUCUAAAGCUGAGAAUACUCAAAUUGAAAACAGUUCACCUGGACACCAGUCUACCCCUAUACCUCUGCUCUCUCUUCAGCCUCUUCCAGGUACUCAGCCUAUGCCAUCCAUCCCACCUCUUUCAGCAAUACCAGCAAUUCAGGCUCUUCAGCCUACUACAGCAUUACCUACUCUUCAAGGUUUACCUCCUCCACAGGGAUUACCCCACUACAAGGGGUUCCACCCCCUCAAGCACUGCCUAUUCCACCAGCACUGCCACCAUUACAAGGAAUGCAUAUACCACAGGGAAUUCAUGUUCCAGGAUUCCCAGGACCCAUCAAUAUACCUCCUCCUGGGUUUGCCCCUGGUGUUCCUCCACCCCCAUUUAUGAGGCCAGGGUUUAAUCCAAUGCAGCUGCCACCAGGAUUUCUACCUCCUCCGGGUAUGCCCCCA